CUUUGCUUUAUUAGUUGACCGAUAAAAACAGUGUUUGCAGGAUAAAAGAAGUUCUGUUUUUAUCAGAUAUCGCGUCAUAAUCUUUAUGACGUCAUGUGUAUUGACAACUCGGUGUAAGAAUGUUAAAUAUUUAGAUAUGGAUGAUGUAUGUGUGCAGAUGAUAAAGUGACAUUGGAAACUACACAGCGAAAGAGCAGUGGCACCCUCUAUCAAGAUGGCGGCAGCCCCUGUAACAGUGAAAACGAAACGCGAAAACAUAGACGAUACUAAAUUCCAACAAGGAGCUACCAUAUCAAGUGAGCAUUCAUACCUCAAGAAAUAUGUUGUUUGGAAUCCCUGGAGAGUUGCCAUUAAAGCAGUUCGACCCAAAAACAAGUCCAGAAAUUGGCGACACCGAAAAAAUGGCAUCGGGUACAUGAACAGAGGUCUUUACACACCUGUUAAAGACACGUGUUCAAUGUUCGAACUUGGAGUGAUGGUUCCAAAGAGCAACAAGAUAUACGCAGUGUAUUACAAAAUUACCCGCCGCGGCUUUAAGAACAGUAUCUAUUCUUUCAUGAUGAAGGACACAGAGGUGGCGAAGGAAGUGGAUCUGAUCGUGAAACGACGGGGCACCAUCUGGAUUAGGCGGGGAUUUUUAAACAUAUCCGGCAAACUGAUGUUCAAGAUCAUACGCGAGUACGUCCGAACGAAUUACAAUUAUGCAUGGCGAAGCCGAGAUCCCAAGACGGGCGUUCACAGAUUCGUGAAGAAAGGUAAAGGAUUUCUUAUCUCUGGCAACGUCUUUCUACGUACUAACAGCGUAACAGCGCCGAACGCUGAGCCUGUUACAGAAGAAGAUCAUGACCCAGCAGAGCCUCAGAAGGAGUCAUCGAGCGCAGACGAAAACUCGCGCCCCCCUAGCGAGAACGCAUUUGACGCAAACGAGAACGCACCCGCAGGCGUAGGGAAUGCGUCAUCGCUUCGUACGGCAAACGGAAAUGAAAUAAACGAGUACAUGACGUCAAGUUGUCCAGCAUGGAAAGACGACAGAAAUGUAGCUACGCUGUCGGGUUCGCACACAACGACGGAAAGCGACUACACUGCUGAUUCCAUAGCUAAUUCCAAGGAGGAGACAAUGUUCAUAAAGCCGACGUAUGAUGUCAACGCGAAUGCACCCUCAACGCUGAACGUGGACCCGCCGUCAGGUCGGGCGUCAGCAGUAGACACGUCGUCGAGAACAAUGGCAGAAAGCGACUACUCUCUGUAUUCGGCCAUCUCCACUGAAGAGUUUGCAGAGACGGUGAAAGACUUUGACAGGAACGACAAUGCGCCGUGCAAUUCUGGAUCAACAUCAUCUCGGAAGGACAGAAAAGUAAUGACAAAAAAAUUGUCCAAACCAGUUACAAAGUCGAUAUCGAAACCCGCGAGAAAAAUAGAAACAGCAGAACGGGAUUAUUCUUUCUGCUCGACCGAUUCUGAAGGAAGCGUCAUCUCGGAAAAUACCGCCAUUAAUAGAAACGAGAAUGCACCAAUUAGACCUGCGUCAGCGAAAAAUGAAGGAAAGGUAAUUAAAAAAACGAGAUUGAAAUACGCUAAGAAUUCAAAGUCCAAAUCGACUGACCAGUCCACGCCGCCAACGAGUAAAGACAAUGAAGCUUCGGUCAGCCCCAAGGAAAAAGUGACAUCGAUAAAGCAAACCAUUGGUAGAAAGAACAAUGAACAAUCCACAUCUGUAUCGCAGAAAAAGGAUGCAAAAGUGAUAAAAACAAUAACGACAAAAGCCGCUAAGAAAACAACAUUAAAAACCAUUACUGAAAAUGGAACGUUAAAAACUAAAGACUGUGAAUCUAAGGAGAAGACUUCAUGUAUAGAUGCACCAUCGAAGAAGGAUGAAAAAGUAAACAAGAAAGCAAAAUCAAAGUCAGCAACCAAAAAACCAAAAAAAUAUACUGACCAAAGAAAAACUGAAGAAAUAGUUUAGUGCUGUCUAAAAGGAAGAAGUCAUAAUUUGUAACUGCAUCAUCGAAGAAGGAUGAAAAAGUAAACAAGAAAGCAAGAUCAAAGUCAACAACCUCAAAAAACUAAGAAUACACAGACUAAAGAGAAACUGAAUAUUGAACUAGUUUAGUUCUGCGUUAAACUAUUUCUCUUGUGUUGUCUCACUAGUCGUAAAACUACAAAAGCAGUUUAUACUUUGCCGUCUUCAAAUUAUUUUUAUUUUAUUUUUUAUUUUAUUUUAUUUUAUUUACAAGUAGUUGUGUUUAGUAAAUUGCCAUUAAUAAAUAUAUAUAAACCAUC